UAGUAUAUUUUUGAGUCUCUUAUUUAGCAUUGCUCGAGUUCGUAAUAUUUGUAUUAAAUUUGCAAUCAAUAGUUUAUUCAAAAUGGGAGAGACCGUGAAGUCAGUGAACAUGUGCAAGGCGCCAGGACUACCUCUCUGUGAACCGGAGGAGCUGCAUAUUUCCCUAAACAAAUUGAUAACUCCGAAUAUUGAGCUGGCUCCGCCGGCUAAGACCAUACUUUGCGAGUGUGUUGAGAAAGCUGAUGAAGUAAAGGCGGAAGAGGCCCAGGAGGGCGAGGAGGAGGAGGUAAGCGUUAGCCAGUCGGCGACAAACGAGGAGCUGAUGCAACUCAAAGAGAUCGAAGCAGAGUUGUUAGAGAAAAAGAACCUUGUUGAUCGUAUCGGUGAAAAGAUCUCGGUGGACAUACCCGAAUGUCCUUCGGAGGAUCCCUGCGUGAACCUGCAGUUGGAGCUGCAAAAAAGCGAACUCCAUCCCUAUAUAUAUGAACUGCAGAGGGAAAAUCAUCAGUUACGCCAGCAGCUAAGCCAGGCGAAGGCCAGCUGCAAGGCCAUCGACUUGUCGCUGCAGUAUCUGCGCAAUAGCCUCUGUCGGGACCUGAACGCAGGAGCGAUUUUGCAGCGCCGUCUGGACGAGCUGAACUCAUUCAAGAUCAAUCUGGAACACGAGCAGGCAUUGUGCCGGCAGCGAUAUCGUCAUCUGCAAAAUGACAAGUAUGAAUGGGUUGAUUUUCAAGGCUACGUGAGGAAGACUGCUGCCGGUGACCAGCAGGAGUUGACGAAGCUCGUGCAGAGACUGCACUAUAUACAGCCCAAGCAAGAUGCCGUCAGGUUGCUCAAGCAAGUUAAGCGCAAGGCCUUGGAUGUGCAAAGCCAUCUGGCCAGCAAAAUGCUCAGUCUAAGCCAGCGGGUGGGCCAGCAGACUACUUUGUUCGAGAUGAGUAGUAUCCGGCGCGUUGCCUCGAGCUUAUCUAUAUUUAAGCAGCGCUCCGAGUACCUCCUUGCCAACAGGCUGCAUUAAACCGAAAUCUGUGCGAAAUAGUUCAAUUUGUCAAACAGGGUUCGGCGGGAGUGUCCGGUGUGAAGCAUGUGCCAUAAGGCUAAAAUAGAAACGAUCUGGCGUUAAGCGACAGUUCAUUUGCAUUUGUCGCUGAGCGAAGACAGGGCGGUUGGUCGGGGCACGCCUUGAUUAUGUUAUUCGUUGAGCCAGGGGCGUGUGCUUGACCAUUUGCAUCCACGUGACGCCAGCUGCUCCAAAUGGCGCUAUUUUUUGUAUUUCUUGCUGUUUUGGGUUUGUGUUUCUGUUUCUGUUUCUGCUUUUCGGGCCAGCAAAAUGUAUUUAGCAUAAAAAUUUACGAUAAUGAUGGCAAAAACAUUGGCAACAACCUCAUAAGCCCCCUGCCCCUGUCCCCUACCCGCAUCCCCAAAUAGACACGUAUUUGCCAUCGAAAAGGACAACAACAAUCGAGACACAAAAACAAUGCUUGAGAGGGACGGAAGCGUGGAUUGCGUGGCGGUCUGGGCCAAAUGUCAUUGCUCUCUUAACGCAAAAAGUUAAAUUAAUAUUUUUCACACUGGCGCAAACUUUGCGCUGAUAUUUUUCCAUUUAAAUUGACGAAUUUUGCGGGUUUUAACCACCGCGUCAAAGUCAACUGUUGUCACAUUUUCCGUGCGCUUCCUCCGCUUCCCCCCGCUUUUCCGCCAGCUUAUCCCACUUUCAUCUGGCAUUUCAUAUUUCAUAUUGCUGCUUGUUGCUGGGAUUUUUAAAGCAGAUUAGCAAAGUUUUCUGCAGUCAUUUAUUUAAACUUUCCUUUGACGACACCACAAACUCCACUAACACGAAGAUUACGAAGUGUGUGUAUGUAUGCCUGGGGGUGGCUCUUGUAUCAAAAUAUUUUUGAUAUCAAAAUAAUCAAACAAGUCUUUGAAUUAUCCACAAAGAUGAGCUACGAAUAUUUUGCCAGAUACAAGAAAUUUCAGGAGCAAGUUAAUGUCGUAUAAAAACCAUACAAAAAUAAAUAAGUCUCUAUAACUUUUGCCCCAACUUAACGACUAGUUAA